UUGAUUUUAAAUAUGUUCGUUACUUGUAAUCUUGACCAAAGGUUAUGGAGAUUUCGGUCUUUCCACAUUCCAGUAGACUGGAGCUGUCCUUUUAGGCCGCUUGUCUCCAUAGAAAGUAGCUGGCCGGGAGCGGUCCCAAGAUUGCCGCCAAGUGGACUGAUUUGCCUUGAAAGCAACUUUGUUGACAUUCCCUCAGCACCGAGCCCAUCAUGUCUAAAAUGGUCAUGAACAACGCCUUCUUAUCGAGGUGUGGUGUCACCCGUUCUGGGUGAAAUGUUCUUUAGUUCCACAUGAGCUCUACUAUGUGGUACAUAAUGCAGAGUAUUCAGAGCAAAUACUCACUGUCGGAAAGGCUCAUUCGAACCAUAGCUGCCAUUCGCUCCUUCCCACAUGAUAAUGUGGAAGAUCUUAUACGCAGGGGGGCAGAUGUCAAUAGGAUGCAUGGCACACUGAAGCCUCUACAUUGUGCCUGCAUGGUGGCUGAUGCUGAUUGUGUGGAGCUUUUGCUGGAGAAAGGUGCAGAGGUUAAUGCCUUGGAUGGUUAUAACCGCACUGCACUGCAUUAUGCUGCAGAGAAGGAUGAAGGUUGUGUGGAGCUGCUGCUGGAAUACGGGGCCCAGCCAAAUGCACUGGACGGCAACAAGGAUACCCCACUGCACUGGGCUGCCUUUAAAGAUAACCCUGAGUGUGUACGAGCUCUGCUGGAGAGUGGUGCCUGCCCCAAUGUUCGCGAUUACAACAACGACACACCCCUUAGUUGGGCAGCCAUGAAGGGCAACCUGGAGAGCGUGCGUGUGCUGCUAGAGUAUGGUGCUCAAGUGCAUGUCACCAACCUAAAGGGCCAGACGCCCAUAUCCCGGCUGGUGGCGCUGCUGGCUCGGGGCCUGGGCACGGAACAGGAGGAAGAGUGCCUUGAGCUGCUUUGCCGUGCCGCGGGGCGGUUCGAGAUCCGCAGGGCAGAUGGCUCCUUACCACGUGAGCUCAGUAAGGAUCCUCAGUUACUGGCUCGACUCACUAGUUUGGUAGCCCAGCCACCUACGUUGCGAGCACUGGCACGCUGUGCUGUGCGCAGUAGCCUGGGAGUGCAGUUCCUCCCCACUGCCGUCAAACAGCUUCCCCUUCCAGAGUCAGUUAAAGAAUAUGUGCUCCUCAGAGACUGAGGGCAGGGUAGGUGAGGAAGAGUGAAGACUCCUUAAUAGUAGAUGUCAUCUGUGUAUGUGAACAAGUGAUUGUAUUCUGUUGUAAUCAGACUGCAAUCUGAAGUGUGUGUCCAUAUACAGUGAGUGAAUAAUGGAGGAAAUUAUUAUAUUUUCUUUUUUGUUGCUAUAAUAUCAUCAAACACAUUCAGACUUGGGUUGCAGUACGAUCAAGUGAUGCAGAGAAGUACCAAUCUGGUAGGACAGAGAUACACGGUAAUACUGAGAUGCCAGAAAUGUAUGAACCUGUUAUGUUGUUAACAUCUCUGCUCAAACUCAUAAAUAUAUGUAAAAUCUUCUAAUUGUAAAAACAAGAAAAUAAUUGACUACUGUUAUUUACCAGUUAAUCAUAUGGAAACAAAAUAAUUAUAAACACUUUAACAUAGCACUUAAGUUAUAAUCCUAUAUAAAGUUUGUGUUGCAAACGUCUAAAAAAAGUUUUUUUGUUAAUGUGUGCAGUAGUAUUUGAUUAUUUUUAAAACAUAGUUAUUUAUACCUUUUGCUCAGUUUUAAAGUCAAAUAAAUAGUCAUUUUUAUGUUCAGUUAUUUUAUGAGGUAUCCCAGUCAUCAAAUAUGAAUCCAUCCUGAAAGGCUUUGGAAAAUGAAAAAUGUGGUAAACCGGGCACAAAAGGCUAAUUAUAUUUGUGGUGUAUUGUCACUUUGAAACAGGACCAUGAAAAAACACUUCUAUAAUGGCAUCUAUUUCUGUCCAUCUACCACUUUAAUAAACAAGUUCAUCAUAAAUAUUUCUCAAUGAUACUUCCACUACUACCUGAUUUAGAGUGUUUGAAUGAUCUUUGGUGCUAAUGAUUGCAGAAAAUGAGCUGUGAUUCUAAGUUUGAGAUGAAAAUAUAGCAGACCUUAACAAGAAUUUUCUGUGUCGAUAUUGGGAAUGUUCAAUUCACAAAGUGUUUCACCUGCGGUUUGUCAUGUUAGCUUGAUCAUUCCAAUUUUUGGCAGACAAUGAGGGGGAUGUCUAAAAGGAAUUAAGGUCAACGCUUGUAUCACAUCUUGUAAAACUCAAAUAUUUUUUUUCAACUCUGUUUUCAUUUUGCUGUUGUCAUAUUGCUUGAUUAAGAAGGAUGAAGUGCUUACAUCUGAACUAGUUUCAUGCAUGCAGACUUACAAGCAAAAGCCUCCAUGCAUUGUGCAAGCGUAUUUGCUACAGUUAUUUCUCAAACUAAAUGAAUCGUGAACGUUAUGAUAAAGAGAGCACGUGUGCGUGUGCGUGUGUGUGCGUGUGGCGUGCAGGUUUUACUAUUUGGUCCCCACAAGGAUAGUAAAACCUGAGAUCACCUACGUUGUGAGGACCAGCCAGUGGUCCUCACAAGGGAAAUGGCAUAUUAAAUGAUGUUUUAUUGAAAAUGUAAAAAUGCAAAAAGGUUUCUGUGAGGUUUAGGGGAUAGAAUCUAUAGUUUGUACAGUAUAAAAAUCAUUAUGUCUAUGGAGGGUCCUCAUAAGGAUAGCUAAACCAACGUGUGUGUGUGUGUGUGUGUGUGUGUGUGUGUGUGUGUUUUGGUUUUGUUUUGUUUUUUUUGUUUUUUUUUUUCAAAUAUGGACCAGUAGAGGGCGAUAGAAUACUACAUGACAUAAAAUAGUCGUAAAAGCAGUAGAAUUACCAUAAGAACCACUGCCCAUAGGAAUGUUUUUGUGCAAUUGUUUUUUUUUUUUUUUUUUUUUUUUUUGGCCAUUUUGCCUUGUUAAAAAAUACAAUAAUGUAUAUAUAGAUUUUAUAUAUAUUCCCUGAAGGACCAAUAUGUGAAUAGUAUAUAUACACGUGUAUAUAUACAGCACUGUCCAAAAGUUUUAGGCAGUUCUCAAAAAUAAUUCCAUGAAUAUUUUUUAUCAAUUAACUAAUUAACUAAGUCCAGUAAACAUAAAACAAACUAAACAAAUAUUUUUUGUGACCACCCUUUGCAUUUAAAACAGCACCAAUUCACCUAUGUACACUUGUGCACAGUUAAGUUCAAGGUUGUUGUCAGAUGGGUUUUUCCAGGCAUUUCGAAGGACUUGCCACAGAUCUAUGCAUUUAGACUGUAUCGAUUGUUUCUGUCUCUUCAUGCAAUCCCAGACUGACUCAAUGAGAUCCAGGCUCUGUGGGGGCAAUGCCAUCUGUUGCAGGGCUCCCUGUUCUACUAUUUGCUAAAGGAAUGUUUGGGAAUCUAAAGCUGAUAUUUCCUAUUAAUACACUGAAGCAGAAGAUAUAAAAUAACCAUCUUAAGACAAAUGAUUUUGUGAAACAUCGAAUGUGCCAAAAACUUUUGCAAAGUACUGUAUAUAUAUAAUAUUAUGUCAUACUGGCUCUUCAGGAAUGAGUCAGAAUAAAAAUCAUCCUAGUUAUAAUUACCUAUAUAUUACUUAUAAUUACUUAAUGGCCAAACAAACAUCUUAUGACACCAUUAAUUACUAACACUAUAUUAUACUGAUUAAUUUCCCUCAGCAGCAAAACAUUUAUAUUUGAUUGUUGCUUACAUUUCCUGUAUGUUUUUUAUAUUGAAAAAACCACACUUCUCGAGUUUUUGAAUAGGACAUUGAAAAAGAGCACUUUUUUUUUUAUUGUAUACAUACAUUUUUCAAUUAUUUUGUUCAGCAUGUAAUGUUUGUUUUCCAUCAUGCUUUAUUUAAACUCGUGUCCACAGGAUGUCCUCUUAAAGAGAAUUUAAAUCAGUCAGGAAGGAAACUACAGUAGGACUGAAUAAAGGCCCUCUACAACAAUCUUCCUUUGUUUUCAAAGCCAUCACCAAUCACCUUCAGUUUUCUGUCAGUGCUAUAUUAUUGCUUUAGUUUUACUAAUCUGAUCAUAUAUAUUAAAACCCCAAAAUAAUAUGUACAUAACAAAACUAGGAGUUUACAAUCAGUAGCAGAGGACUGCAUGACAAACAACUAAAGAUAGGGGUAAAGCCAAUAAGUAUGUAUGGUCUUUGGGGCUGAAUGAAUAAUUAAAAACAUUUCUUCCUUUGCCUUUUCUAUAACUAAUUUAUGUCAGAAUAAUAAAAAAGUCUGUAAAUAGAGAAA